AUGACGAAAAAAAAGAAAUCGAUUAAUCCACAUGGCUCUGAUUUUGAGUCGGGCUGGACGAUUUGGAGUAGCGUUCCUCCUAUUAAACAUCCAUCUGUUCCAUUUGAAUCAGCUGAAGAAGAAGAUUUUGAUGAAGAAUCAUUAAAAGCAACACAAGUUUCGUUAUCUAUGAAAGAAAUUGGAACUGUUCUUGACUACGAAGGUUUUUGGGAACUUAUGACUUCCCUAGAACAACCAUCUUCAAUACAAGGACGCGGAACUUAUUUAAUUCUUAGGGAAGGUAUGAUACCAUUUGACACAAGCAAUCAAAAGCCACUGUAUUCGAAAUUUAUCGUUAAUUCACAAUGUUUAUGUGAUUCAAGUCCGGAAAGUCUAGAAUUUGAAGCGAGAUUUUAUCAUAUUGCACUUGGCAUAAUGUCAAAUCAGCUGCAUAAUUUCAAAUCUGUUGUUUGCAUCGCUUUUAUCUCCACAAGAGAAAAUUCAUUGAUUGAACUCUGGAUCAAUCCAACCGAAAAAGAAAAUUUAUCUACACUAAGAGCAAAGAUACAAAAAAUUGCUGGGAAGCAUACGCAAUUACAAGAAAAACCCAAAUGA